CGAGCCCCGAGGUCAGGCCGCGGGCUCCGGGGCUCCCCGGCCGUGCUCCCCCGUCCUUGCCCCCGCGUUCCCGGCCGGAGGAUCGGCGACCUCGCCCGCGCCGCCCGGCUGCUCCCCGGAGUGUGGCACCGAGCCCUCUGGCGGGGUGAUUUGUCCUCCUUGUUCUUGCUCCCGGAGAGGCGUCUAGCGGACGGGUAACCUGUGUGUGCUCCUUAAAAGUUUGAACCGAAGUGGAAAUGCGUGUCCUCGGUUUCUGGACCGCUGACGGUUUCCACUCUGGCCGCCGUCUGAGAUCCCGUCCAGAGUAAAAAAAAAAACAGCAAGAGAGGAAGGGGGGAAAAGUACCUACAAAAUCCCUCUGCCGUCGGUCGCUCCCGCCCGAGGAGGGCAGAUGAACUUUGGAGUUAAGAUGCAGGGAGGCGAGCCGGCAUCGGUCCUGAAAGUCUCGGAGAGUGAGGGGAAGCUGGAGGGCCUGGCCACAGCGGUGACCCCGAGCAAGAACAGCGGCAGCAGCUGUGGGGGCGCAAUCAGCAGCAGCAGCAGCAGCGGCAGCAGCCGCGGUGGCAGUGCGAAAGGCUGGCAGUACAGUGAUCACAUGGAAAAUGUUUAUGGCUAUCUGAUGAAGUACACCAACCUCGUCACUGGGUGGCAGUUCAGGUUUUUUGUUUUAAACAAUGAAGCUGGGCUACUGGAGUACUUUGUGAAUGAACAGUCAAGAAAUCAGAAACCCAGAGGUACUUUGCAGCUUGCAGGCGCUGUGAUCUCCCCCAGCGAUGAGGACUCCCACACCUUCACAGUGAAUGCUGCCAGCGGAGAGCAGUAUAAACUCAGAGCCACAGAUGCUAAAGAGCGGCAGCACUGGGUCAGCAGACUGCAGAUUUGUACCCAGCACCACACGGAAGCCAUUGGGAAGAAUAAUCCUCCCCUGAAGUCACGGAGCUUCUCACUGGCGUCUAGUGGUAAUUCUCCCAUAUCCCAGAGGAGACCAAGUCAGAAUGCCAUUUCUUUUUUUAAUGUUGGACAUUCCAAACUGCAGUCGGUGAACAAAAGAGCGCACUUGCAUCCAGACCAUCUUGUGGAAGUCAGAGAAAUGAUGUCUCAUGCUGAAGGACAGCAACGAGACCUAAUCAGACGGAUCGAAUGCCUUCCUGCUUCCGGCCUUCUGAGUUCUUUGGACCAGGACCUCUUGAUGCUCAAAGCUACUUCCAUGGCAACUAUGAACUGCUUAAACGACUGCUUCCACAUCCUCCAGCUGCAGCACGCCUCACAUCAGAAGGGCUCCUUGCCCUCAGGAACGACAAUUGAGUGGUUGGAACCAAAGAUACCUUUAUCAAACCACUAUAAAAAUGGAGCUGAGCCGCCCUUUGCAGCCGAGGCCAGCAAGCCCAUGGCAGUCCCGGAAGCGCAGGCUGUGGCAGAGUCUGGAGUGUUAGCAAGGGAACCUGAGGAAAUUGAUGCAGAGGAUGAGAUAGAGGACACCUGUGACAACAAGGAGGAUGACCUGGGGGCCGUGGAGGAGCAGCGCAGUGUCAUCCUGCAUCUCCUGUCGCAGCUCAAGCUGGGCAUGGACCUAACGAGAGUGGUGCUUCCUACAUUUAUCCUGGAGAAGCGUUCCUUACUGGAGAUGUAUGCAGAUUUCAUGUCUCAUCCAGACCUGUUUAUAGGCAUCACAGAUGGAGUCACACCCGAGGACCGCAUGAUCCGCUUUGUUGAGUACUACCUGACCUCCUUUCAUGAAGGCCGAAAGGGAGCCAUUGCCAAGAAGCCGUACAACCCCAUCCUUGGGGAGACCUUCCACUGCUCCUGGAGGAUGCCCAAAAGGGAGGUGGCGUCCAGCUUGAGCAGCGGCUCUUCCCCCCCAACCGUCACAAAUCACGCUCCUCUCUCAGAGGAUGCUCCCACCCAGGGGGUCUCAGACUGCUACACUGUCAGAUUCGUGGCUGAGCAGGUCUCUCAUCAUCCGCCAGUCUCAGGAUUUUACGCAGAAUGUGCAGAAAGGAAGAUGUGUGUAAAUGCACAUGUCUGGACUAAAAGCAAGUUCUUAGGCAUGUCAAUAGGUGUGACGAUGGCUGGAGAAGGUGUCCUUAGUCUGUUGGAGCACGGAGAAGAGUACACGUUUUCCCUGCCUUGUGCCUAUGCCCGGUCCAUCCUGACCGUCCCUUGGGUGGAACUGGGUGGCAAAGUCAGCGUCAACUGUGCAAAGACGGGGUACUCAGCCAGCAUCACUUUUCACACUAAGCCGUUUUAUGGCGGCAAACUGCACCGAGUCACAGCUGAGGUGAAGCACAGCAUCACCAACACGGUGGUGUGCAGAGUGCAGGGAGAGUGGAACAGCCUUCUGGAGUUCACCUACAGCAACGGCGAGACCAAGGCCGUGGACCUGACCAAACUGGCCGUCACCAAGAAGAGGGUCAGGCCCCUGGAAAAACAGGGGCCCUUCGAGUCCAGACGAUUGUGGAAAAAUGUAACAGAUUCUCUGAGGGAAUCUGAAAUUGACAAGGCCACGGAGCACAAGCGUACCUUGGAAGAACGCCAGAGAACUGAAGAAAGACAUCGCACUGAAACAGGCAGACCCUGGGAAACCAAAUACUUUAUCAAAGAGGGAGACGGCUGGGUUUAUCACAAACCCCUCUGGAAAGUAAUUCCAUCACAACCAGCAGAGUGACACAUGCUUUCUAAGACUGGACCAAAUGAGGUUCUCCUCUGUGUACCCCAAGCCCUCUCAGACAGAGUUGUUGCACUGAGUGACCUGCCUCCUAAUUUGUACAGCCUGAAACUAGCUGAACACGAAUGUACUACUCGGGCCCAUCAUCCUGCAGCAAGACCAAAGUGUUAAGGACCCGCGAUGGGCUUCUCGGCAGCCUGUUCACCAACACGAGCAAUACCAUCUUCAGCCUUCCACCCACCAGAACAUGUCAUCUUGUAUCCGGUAACAGCAGGGAGAACCCAGUGACUUUGGUUCCAGUGUAGGGAAGAGGAAAGUCUCUUGCAGAGGUUUCUGCUUUCUGUCGUUACUGAAGUAGUCACUGCUCUUCUAAACCCAGCAAGAGGGAGACAGACGUGACCGACCAGUGGAUUCAGCCAUUGUGCCUGAAGUCAGUGUUCACAAUCACAAGGCCUCUUUUCCUCCCGAGGCUGUGCCUGCCCCCGAGGAAGCCCAUCACUUGCUCUGUUGGAACUCUCUUUUAAAAGUGUAUUUAUAAUUAGAAUUGUAACCAUGGAGGAAUUUUUUCUUCUGAGCAUUUUAAUAUACUUGAAAACAACAUUGACUUGAAAAAUUUCAGAACAUUUUUCAAUACCUAGUUUUAUUAAAUAUUACACUUAAGAGACAUUUUUUUAAAUGUGUUCAUGUCAAUAUGGGAUUUUGGCCUUUCUCAAGAACUAAGGCAUUAAAAAAUAGCAAAUAUUAAAAAAGAAAACUGUUACUUUUUCCUUAGCCUAUUUUCAUUUAUAGGUUCAUAUUCAGUAUUAUGUGCUAUCUGAGCAAGUUUGCUUAUCUGACCUCUGUUCACUCAAAAGUUCAAACUGAAACCUGUUCAUAUCUGUCAGUAAUUCAAUUAUGUCUGUGACUGAGUGCACGUAAAGUAUGGUUUUAUUUUACUUUCAAGGGAAUUUCAAUGCUAAAGAAAGGGUGUGAAAUAAAAAGCAGGAAUUUACAUUCAGGUACAAAUUGGUUUUUGUAAUCGGUGUUUUAUUGGAGUUGAAUUGCUGGCAAUGAGCAGAAUAGUGCUAAUUAUGGUUUUCAUUUCUUUGAGUAUUUGCUGAGCACCCACUCAGGUGCUGACCCUUGUUACUGCGAGCUACCUUCACUGUCCAGAGUGGUGCCUUACCCUGCUCCUGCCCAUGGUCUUCCAGUCGGCGUGCGCAGCACGCACCUGUCACUCAUCGGCUGUGCUCUGAGAAACUCUUUCUUAGAAGGGUUAAAGGGAUGAAAACAGCGACAAUGAUUUUUCAGCAAAUUGUAAAUUAAAAGAAUUGGUUUGUGUACAACCAUUUCGAUGACUCCCUUUUCAUUUUUGCUGUGAAGUGCACUGAAAAAAAAAUCUCAAAAUGAGCUAUAGUUCAUGUGUUGGGAAAAUUGAAAAAUAAAAAAAUAGAGAACAGCA